CGGUAUAGCCAAGUGGUUGCGAACCUUGGGGCAGUACCAGGAUGCUUGCUACCAGUUCUGCCCGUGGCUCUCCGAUCCUUCCCCUCCCUGCCCCUCCUCACUCCAUUAAUCUCCAGAAUAUAAGAAACGCCAAUCACCACCACCGGCUGCCCUCGAGCAGCAGCCUCUUCGAUAGAAGAACCAUCCUUUGCUCUCUUACCCACUCCGGCCGUGCCUUCCGACCCGUCGCCGCAUCGCCAACGGCGAUGGACGGCAAAGAGGGGGCGGAGAAGGAAGCGGCCACCGCCAUGAAGCUCCUCUUCGUCGAGAUGGGAGUCGGCUACGAUCAGCAUGGGCAAGACAUCACCGCCGCGGCUAUGCGGGCUUGCAGGGACGCCAUCUCCUCCAACUCCAUUCCAGCCUUUCGACGAGGGUCGAUACCGGGUGUUAAUUCUGAUCAGAUGAAGCUUCAGAUCAAGUUAGGGGUGCCUCCAUCCACCCAGCAUUUGCUUGAUAUAGAGCGAGUGAAGUCUGUCUUUCCUUA